CUGCAACGUUCAAUUUGCGCGCUGCAUAUUGGACUGGAAACUUGUGGCAGUUGUGGCUUCCCAUGUAGAUUUUAAUAUUUUAUGAAUCGUGGACUACCUUGUGCUGCCCAGCUGGCCUGCAAUCAGCUUGCAAUAGUACGAUCUCGAUAAGCUUUUGAGACUGGCUCGAGUGCAAGUGAUAAUUCUGAUGCCAAGAAUCUUUCCCUCAUGUGAUGAGCAGCGCAUGUGAGGAUUCGUGUCCUUGGACGAACUAUUUGUCGGAGGCGAUCAAUAAAUGCGUGCUCAACCUGUUAUCACUGCUGUCGACGACAUUCGGUCUAACCUUCAAUUUCAGCGACAUCGUCAUCCUCGAUGACGAGACGUCGUCGAGGCUCCGCGAGUUCCUCCACGAACUGAUAGCGUUGCUGUCAUUCGACGAUUUUCAGCUGCAGCUGCUCAAAGUCUUCCUGUUGACGUUCUUAAGCAGCGUGGCGUUGAUCUUCGUCGCCUGGCACAUUUACGGUUCCAGAAUCACGGAGCAAUUCAUGAAGACAGGUAAGAUCGCGCGAGCACAAAGCUUUUUUCUGUUUU